AUGGCUCUUCACAUCCUUCUAUCCCUUGCAGCUCUCAACAAGUCCCUUCCCUCUGCUUCCUCCCCCAGACCACGUUCUGAGGGAACAGUUAAAAAUUCAAAUUCUAUCUAUCUAUCUAUCUAUCUAUCUAUCUAUCUAUCUAUCUAUCUAUCUGAAUCGGUUCAUAUCUAUCUAUCUGUCUAUCUAUUUAUAUAUCUUUCGCUGUCUACUCAUAUCUAUCUAUCUAUCUAUCUAUCUAUCUAUCUAUCUAUCUAUCUAUCUAUCUAUCGCACUCAGUUGAUAUCUAUCUAUCUAUCUAUAUAUCUUUCGCUGUCUACUCAUAUCUAUCUAUCUAUCUAUCUAUCGCACUCAGUUGAUAUCUAUCUAUCUGUCUAUCUAUCUAUAUAUCUUUCGCUGUCUACUCAUAUCUAUCUAUCUAUCUAUCUAUCUAUCUAUCUAUCUAUCUAUCUAUCUAUCUAUCUCAGUCGGUUCAUAUCUAUCUAUCUAUCUAUCUAUCGCUGUCGACUCAUAUCUAUCUAUCUAUCUCUCUCUCUCUCUCUCUCUCUCUAUAUAUAUAUAUAUAUAUAUAAACGACAAAUUCUCUCUGUUCUUCUGUGUAUCCGAAAUCUCACUAACUCGGGCUACAAUUGCUCUGUAUAG